CCAUUAAAACAAUUAUAAAUAUAUGUAUAGAUACAUCAUUAUAAAGAUGAGAAUGUAUUUGGUGCAAUCAGGCUAAUUGGUACAACCGGUUUAACCAAGACACAUGAAUGAAGGUGGAAAAACUUUUUAGAAAACAUCGUUUUUCAAAACAACCCUGCCACAUUUCGCUAGAAUUUUUAAAAAGGUCCUCACCUCUAUUUUUGUGUCUUGGUUGCACGGUUCACCAAUUGGUCUGAUUGCAAUAAAUACAUUUUUUAUAAUAUAGUAUAAUAUAUAGAUACAGAUGUUACUAUAGAAGGUGUGUUUAUCUACAUCAUUUUAGCUGCCCAAGACCGAGAAGCAACCAGGACCCCCGUUGUCAAUGAUGAUUGGCUCACGCAGUAGUCACUCGCGUGUCCCUAGAAACUCGGCGUGUCAAUAGGAACUGCCCAAAGGCGCCCAACUACCGGAGUUUCUCGUACGCCGGUACGCCCAGCAGCCGCACCAUCUCUUUCGGCGCGGACGCCUGACCCAACCGAACGGCGGCCAGCCGCGAGCCGUCUACCUGUGGCUACGAAAUUGCACGCCAAGGCGCGAGCCGCUUUAACUUUCAUCCCCGCACCGGCACGUCCGGCCGGCCAACCGAAACCACGCCGAGGCCUAUCUCUCUCCGAGUUUGAUCCAGCUCCGUCCCAGCGCCAACUGCUAAUCCGGUAAUCCCUCGCCGGCUUGGUGUCCCGGUCAAACCUGCCCCGACCGACGGGAGGAUCCAACGGCGGCCGCUCGCCCACACAACAACCAUGCAUCUGCACCGCUCCUCCACGUGCCGCGUCGCGGUCGUCACGGCCCACGGCCCGGCGCUCCUCCCCCCUCGCCGACCACCCCCUCUCCCUUCUUCUAUUCCCCACCCCCCGCCUCGUCUCCUCCACCGCCGCCCCCACAUCUAUUCACCCGUCCGUCCGUUCCUUCGUCUCUACGCGCAAACGAGAGAAGGCUAGGUCGUCGUCGUCGUUGUCGUCGUGACGCGGAGAGAUCUGGGAGGAGGAGCGAUGGACGGGAAGUUGCCGCCGCCGAACCCGAACCUGCCGUACCGGGAGGACUGCUGGAGCGAGGGCGAGACGGCCGCGCUCGUCGACGCCUGGGGCUCGCGCUACCUCGACCUCAACCGCGGGAGCCUCCGCCAGCCACAGUGGCGGGAGGUCGCCGACGCCGUCAACUCUCGCCCCGGGGCCUCCGCGCGCCGCCGCCCGCCGCGCACCGACAUCCAGUGCAAGAACCGCGUCGACACGCUCAAGAAGAAGUACAAGGCCGAGCGCGCGCGCGGCGGGCCAUCGCAGUGGAACUUCUACGCCCAGCUCGACCUCCUCGUCGGGCCCACGCUCACCGGCAUCAAGAAGCCGUCCCCACCGCGCGCCGCGCUGCCCGUGUUCCGGAGGCGCCUGACGCCGCCGCGCUCCCCGUCGCCGCAAUCACCGCCGCCGCUUCCCGUGGCGCUCCCCCUGCACAAUUACCGCCGUGGCUCCGACCUCCCCUCCGCAAACCUCAUCCAUAAGGCGGCCGCUGCCGCCGCCGCUGCUGCCGCGGAGUCCGACUCAGAAGAUGGCUACAACAACAACGACUAUGACGAUGACGAAGGAUCUCAGCAGUCGCCGUCGCGUUCUGUAUCUUCGGGCUUUGGUGGUGGUGGUGGUGGUGCUCCUCCUGCUGUUGGCAGCAAGAGGAAGAUGAGCAGUGGCAGUGGUGGUUUCGGGGAGCUAGCGAGGGCAAUUGAGACUUUCGCGGAUAUGUACGAGCGCAUGGAAGCCGCUAAGCAGCAGCACGCGGAGGAGAUGGAGAGGCAGCGAAUCAAGUUCCUCAAGGAUCUGGAGCUGAAGCGGAUGCAGGCUUUUGUGGACAUGCAGCUACAGCUCGCGAGGACAAAGCACGCCAGGAAGGGUGACGCUUCCUCGGAUACGCUCAUGUCUCUCGCUGCACUGCCAUUCCUCAGCAGCCCUGCUUAUCUCUAAAUUGGAAGAGUUAGGUAAAGGAAUGCUUUGGCCUUAAAUUAGGAUACAGUCUGUUGGUUGAUGUGAUAGAGUUGUUAGUGGAUUGUUUAUGUUCUUGCUAAGAUACUGUCGUUGUUUCAUACGAACCACAGAGGUACUAGGUCUUUAAAUUUUAAAUGUACCUUGCAAUGCAUUAUGCUCAAGUUUUUCUUAGAUGAGAAGGAAUUUUUACUGGUUUGUGACAUGUAACUUUCAAUGUAUUACGAAUUUAAUCUCAGCUACCUUUUGUUCUGUAUCA